CCGACUCUAUAUCAACAGUAGGUAUAUCCGCUGCAGUCCCUCGAUAAGGGCGAUAAGACAGCCCCAAAGCCCAAUAAGCAUCACAUGAUUUCCCUCGUGAUCCGUUUUUCAAUCUUCCAUCUCCUCUCGGGGCAAUGGGCAUUUUUUUUUGGCUUCUGGCGCGGCAGAGAAGCGGAGCUCUAGCACGGCCAUGGUUCGGCGGUGGUGCCAUUGGCAGCCGCCACUUCAGAGUCCCGCUCCGAGCUUGUUGGGGUCGUCGUCGUGGCAUAAGGCCAGCGAGGUACGUACCUUCAGGGACUGAGCUCCUUGGAGAACGCUGGAGAAACUUCCACCUCACCCUCAACUAUCCUCAUCUCUCCCCAAAUUGCUUCAUCGGCUCUGCUUGUCGUCGCCCGGCCGCCGCCUGUCUUCUGGUUCUCCCCUCUGGUCUCUGGUAUUCGUCGUCUGUUGGCUUGUCUGCACAAUGUUCUAGACACCACAGACUCUAACAAAAAGCAUCGCCUGAAUCCCCGCUAUCUGGUCUCGUAAACGUCUUGUGCCGCUAUCCGCAAAGCCCAAAGGCUACCUGUACUUUGUUCCUAUCUAGUCUCCAUCCACGUGUGAC